GCUGACAAUGGUCCCUGGGGCGGUAGAGAAAUCCGAGACGAAGCACGAUGUAACAGAUACUGACAGUGAUUCUGAUGAUUCAGCUCCAGAACUUGUUGAUUCUAAGGAACAGGGUGACGCAUCGAAAACCAGUGCUUUGCCUGACGAUUCAUGCAGAAACAAGCAGUCAAGGAGCGAGAAAAAAGCGAGGAGAGCCAUCUUGAAACUCGGUUUAAAGCCGACAUCCGGCAUAUGUCGUGUUACUAUUCGGAAAGCGAAGACCAUUAUGUUUGUCAUCAGCCAAGCGGAGGUUUACAAGUCUUCUGCUUCUGACACCUACAUUAUAUUCGGCGAAGCCAAAGUGGAAGAUAUGUCUGCGCAAGCACAAAUAGCUGCUGCCGAGAAGUUACGUUCUCAAGGUAUGGGUGGUCCCGGAUUUGGUGGGUGCAGCGCUUCCAGGGACUCAGGCGUCAUUUCAAAGUCUGUUAUUACCGAAGAAUCUGAAGAUGAUGAGGAACCCGAUGCCACCGGUCUGGGAGAGAAAGAUAUUGAGCUGAUCAUGCAACAAGCCAGUGUUUCGAGGAGUAAGGCUAUAAGAGCAUUACGAGAAAACGACAAUGAUAUGGUCAACGCUAUCAUGUCACUCACCGUUUGAAUUCUUUCAGCCACGAAUCAAAUACAGAAAUAAUGAAUUCUUGCACUGUUUUGCUUCACUGAAUUUCUAUAGCGUGUUGGCCUCUGUCACGCUCCGAUUUUGCUAAUCUGCAAUUUCAUAUAAUUCAUGAAAAUUGAGCCUACUGACCAACAAUGUUGAUUUAUUUUUGAUCUUUGUGUCUCCAGCCCAUCUACUGCACAUGUUUCCAGGCCGCAUUUCCCUCCUGUUACCGCCUUAUAUGUAAGUCUCACUCAGAUAUCUGAUACGUUCCAGCUUCGGGGGCCGGUGUUCAGUCAAUUCGGGUCCCACAUGCAGACUUCUGUUUAUCACCACGCUUUAUUGUAGCCAUUCCCAUUAUCGGCUGUUUGAUGAUUUCAUCUGACCACAAGUUACGUCGCUCUUUCAUCUCCCGGGCUCCCAUUUUAGGCGACAUAAACAAGCAAUAUAGUUUAUGUACCAAACCUCGGCCACCGUUUCACAUUGUUUUUUCGGUGUUCGAACGCUUCAUCACUUGUUCUAACCACGCUUUCCUUAAGUCAUGUGUUGUAUCUCAGAAGCGUGCAUACAAGCCAGCUGCUUUCUGCUGUUAUUCUCCGGUUUCAGCCAAACAGGUUGUGCGGAUCGUAUCUUCGUCCCCUUCCAACUUCACUUUCAUCCCAUCCUUUUCAACCCCCCAAUUCUUGGCCCUCCCCAUCUUGCUUAAAUGGUCGCUUGUUUUCUAGUUUCAACUCACAC